AGCUCCGCGAGGUGUCUCUGUCAUCGUAAACUAUUCAUACAUCUUCAGAUUCUGUACUACCUGACGCGCCCAGCCACAAGAUACUCGUCUAAGAAAAUGACUUUGAAGGCUGAAUUUGAGCAAUAUGCAGAGGAUAUAAAGAGAGUGAAGACCAGACCUACAGACAAGGAGCUGGGAGAUUUGUACGGCCUCUACAAACAAGCUAAUGUGGGGGACAUUAAUUUUGAUAGACCUGGAUUUUUCGAAUUAACAGCGAAAGCCAAAUGGGAUGCAUGGAAUUCAAGGAAAGGAAUGUCACAAGAAGAUGCCAUGAAUGCCUAUAUUUCUGUGGCCAAGGAUGUCAUUGAAAAGUAUGGAAUGUGAUGGAGAAAAUCAUCUCUUUAAUUUUACCUAGAUAUAAAAGUUUAACUAUUAAAAAGUUGCAUGAUUGAAACAAUAAGCUAGUUUUUUAUUGAAUCUGUUUUUCUUGUGUAAUAUAGAUUAACAGAUAAUUCACCUGUUAUCAUAGUGAUCACCUGAUAAUAUCUCAUUGCCAAUCAGAGUGACCUGAAGAUGUAAGCAUAUAAUCUUGACUCAUCUUGCAAAAAUAGUCAUUAUAUAAAGCUGUCAAAUCUCAUGG